GCGGCGCUCGUGGCUCGGCACUCGCUAGCCCGGAGGUUUCCCGGCCGGCCGCGUCCCGCCCGCUCCCAGAGCACAGGCGUCCCCUGCGCGCCCGCCGCCCCGCUCCGCCCGACGGCGACAUGGGCGUCCCCUGGCUCCCGGAGGCCCGCGGCCGGCGCUGGGGUCCCGUGCUCCUUGCUCUCUUCCUGGCUGCCUCCCGAGGUCUGGUGGCAGCCUUCAAGGUCACCACGCCGUAUUCCUUGUACGUGUGUCCUGAGGGGCAGAACGUCACCCUCACCUGCAGGCUCUUGGGCCCUGUGGCCAAAGGGCAUGAUGUGACCUUCUACAAGACAUGGUACCGCAGCUCGUGGGGCGAAGUGCAGGCCUGCUCGGAGCGCCGGCCCAUCCGCAACGUCACAUUCCAGGACUUUCACCCGCACCACAGUAGCCACCAGGCCGCCAACACCAGCCAGGGUCUGGCCCAGCGCCAUGGGCUGGAGUGGGUCUCUGACCACCAUGGCAACUUCUCCAUCACCAUGCACAACCUGACGUCACUGGACGGCGGCCUCUACUGCUGCCUGGUGGUGGAGAUCAGGCACCACCACCCGGAGCAGAGGGUCCACGGUGCUAUGGAGCUACAGGUGCAGAGAGGCAAAGAAGCACCAUCCAAGUGCAUCGCAUACCCACCCUCUCCCAGGGAGAGUGAAAACAUCACGGCUGCCGCCCUGGCUACGGGCGCCUGCAUCGUAGGCAUCCUCUGCCUUCCCCUCAUCCUGCUCCUGGUCUACAAGCAAAGGCAGGUGGCCACCAACCGCCGUGCCCAGGAGCUGGUGCGGAUGGAAAGCAACAUUCAAGGAAUUGAAAACCCCAGCUUUGAGGUCUCUCCGCCCUCCCAGGGGAUCCCGGAGGCCAAGCCCCGGCCACCACUGUCUUACAUGGCCCAGCGGCAGCCUUCGGAGUCUGGGCGGCACCUGCUUUCAGAGCCCAGCACUCCUCUCUCUCCACCAGGCCCUGGGGACGUCUUCUUCCCAUCCCUCGAACCUGUCCCAGACUCUCCAAACUCUGAGGCCAUCUAGACCAGCUAGGGUCCAGUGAGCAGUUGUGGCUGGGCCUGGGGCAGGUGCAAUUGAGCCAAGGCUGGCUCUCUGAGUGGUCCCUUGGCCUUAGCCCUGGUUUCCUCCCUCCUGCUCUGAGCUCAGACUCUUUGAGAUACCUCUGCUGGCUAGACCCUAAACCCCUCUGGAUGCUACAUGGCAGAAGGGAGAAGGUAUUGGAUCGCUCAGCCCCUGUCUCAAGGAUGGUCGGGUGCUCGGAUCCUACUGCAGAGACCUAAAAUCCAUCAGCUACAGAUGCCAAAUGACCUACUUCCUAGAAGCCCCCACAUUUCCAGCUCUAUGGCAGCCUCUCUCCCUGGGACAUGAGCCUUGGGACCUGACAGCAUAGAUGGGACAAGAUGGGCACUGGGUAGAUGCCCCAGUGCCACCCUCCCAGGCAUGAGACGGGACAAGAUGUGGAGAGACUCCUCCCCACUGUGGUGGACCCAGCUUCCCCAUCUCGCCUGAGGCUGCCCAUCUGUCAGACUCACUCUGUAACCUUGGGACUCUGGGGCUGGGCCUGCCUGCCGCUGGGCCAUGGGAGCCUUCCCCAGCUGCCUCCUACUAGCAACCUCUCUGAGGAGCUGUCAACAGGUUAAGCAAAUCUGAGGCUCCCACUGUCUGCACUCUGGUCCCCAGAGUUCAUUGGCCAGAGGCCCCGAAACAGGAAGUACACAGGGGCACCGUGGCCACUGUGAACCAACUGGCAUCUUGCGCAAUGGAGCCCAGGCCGGAGGUUGCACUACCCACUGCAGAGGGGGUGAGGGAGAACCGGUGGGGCCUGCUGGGAAGGUGAGUGGAGAGGACUCCACCCCCCUGCCCUCCCCAUCCCCCACCUCCACUGCUCAGUGUGGUCAAAAGAGAGGGUGACCACAUCAUGUACUGUUCCAACUGUGACACUUCUCAGUGUGAAGAGGGGGUGCUAUUAAAAACUACAUGGGCCACAGGUGCAAACCCUGUGGAUGGACUGUAAGAGCUGGGUUAAAUCCCUACUCUGCUUCUGAGGUGCCUGAGGCUUAGGGGGCCCUCCUCCCCUGACCCCCAGUCUGUGGUCUUCCCUUCCAUUCAGUCUGUACUGAGUCUUCACUGCAGAGUGACCUGUCAGGUGGGAGGAGCGGGGCGUGUGCAUAGAAGGUUUGUGCCUGCUCUGCUCUGCACCCUCUACUCCUAUCUCCUGCUUCAGGGCAUGACCUGGAUUUGUUUUUAUACACAUAUACAAGGGGAGCCCUUUGUGGAACUUUGAUUAAAGGGUUUUAAAGCAUGGAGAGGAGUUGGGGGGGGGGGUCUGUACACUAUGGGGUAGAAACGGGAGGUGGGACCUAAGAUGGGGAGGGGCGGGUUUGAGCUGGCAGGAGCCCCAGGCACUGCACUGCGAGGGCAUUCACCUGCCAGCAGCCUACACUGGCUCUGCUGAGCUGGGCCUGGGUGCUGAGAGUCAGGGCUUCAGGCCAGGAUGAGGGCCCAGCAGGCAGGGAGAAGCCCCCGACCACCUGGGGGUGGGAACAGGAGUGGGGCUGGAAGAAAGGAGCAGCUCUAGGCGCUCCAGCAGCAGUGAGCCCUCAGGCCUACAGCUAGAACCAGGGAGCCCCCCAAAUGCAUGGCACUGCUUCCAAGCUCCCUUGUCAGGCCUGAGGGCAUGCAUCACUGUGGGCAUCCUGCUGUGCCUGGGGGCCUUGAGGAGAGGGUGAGCGUGGGCCUCAGGACCUCACUGACACCUCCGGGGGCCAGAACACCAAAACCCUGGCUCUCGCUUUGUCCCUGGGUGUCCUUUCUUCUAUUCCAGCUGCGGCCAUGGACACCCAGUGCCACUUGACACAGAAAGAGGGUGCUAUUCUCACAGCUCGUGGGGGCCCACGGGGCAGGGAUAGGUCAGGUGACACCUGCUUGAGGCAGGGCCUGGCUACCACUAGGGGUGAAGGACAGGCCCACAGACCAGACUCCCCGUCCCCAGCAGGUUGGCCUGGCUAAGCCCUCAGCUUCUGCCCUCGAGGAGAGACAACUUCUAAGAAUUAGGUUGCCAGGCCCCAGGCCUGGCUGCUACUGUGUAGAAGGAGGGAGGAGGCCCCAGAGCAGAAAGCCACCACACUUCCUCCCCAGCUUCCUCCUGCAUGGCCUCCAGCUCUUCGCUCCGGACCCUUACAAGUGAACACAUCUCGGCUUCGUGGUUUCCUGUUUUCAGUGAAAAUUAGUUUGAGCUCCAGGCUCCAUCUUCAUCCAUGACCACACGCCCCACCCCCGUGGCUCUAAGGGUGCCCUCCCUGCUGUGGGGGAGGGGCAGGGUGCCAGAGGAGCCCUCCAUGCUCUCCCCGGGGUCGUGGUGCCUCUAGAGAUGCCAGCCCUGGUGGCUGUCCCUACGGGCCCUGGCUCAGCUCCUGGGGUGCAUGGAACAGAGCAGGGGAGUGGGAACAUGGGGCUUGCUUCCAAGGGGGUUGGGAGGAACCCUGGGGCCUCCAGGAAGUUGGCUGCUGGGCAGGGUGGGACUGGAGUGGGUGACUCAUGGAUCAUGGCACUAUCUGAGGUCCUGAGAGGGAAAUCUGUGCUUUGGGGCGCUAAUUCAUGUUAACAGAUCAAUUAGGAAUUAUGGCUGGGUAACCCAUCUCCCGACAUUCUCCCGAGGUCUUUAAUAAAGACCUGCUGCCUUUAUUCUCUCCAAGGAAGAGGCUAAGGGAAUGGAAUUGACAUUCCUUGAAAACAUGCCACAGAGGCCACUGGAGAUGCUGCUGUUGGGUCACUCUGGCCCUGCCUGGGGGGCUCUGUGGUGAUGGGCACUGGGGUAGGUGUGCAGGAUCCCCGGGACCUGCUUCUCAAAAGCCCAGCCCUGAGGCUGCCCUCAGUCCUGCUGGCCAGAGCUUCCUCCUACAUGCAGCAGCCUUGGGUAGAAGGACUGAUGGUCGCCUUCUUCUGGGAGUGCUUUGUGGUGGGGGGAGUUGGGAGGACAUGGUCAGGCUGGGGGCUACAGAGGUCCUGCCACCCUCCACGCCAGCUUGGGCACUGUAGUCCUGCCUCAUGGAAGAGGCCUUCCUGAGUGUCUGCUGGAGCACUCUAGGGCUGGCCUGACUGUGCUAGGGGCUGAGAUUUGCUCAGAGAACCCAAAGGGAAUGGCAGUGGGCAGAAAGAGGAACUGGGGUUGUGAGCCAGGAUGCUGGCUGCAAAGGCCUCUUGAGAAGCAGACACUCACAGCCCAGCUGAGUGUCUGUCCUGACCCACAGAUAGCACUGACCGUCUGGCCCCUUCACUGGGCAUUCACUGUACCCUGCUUUGUACUGUCGCCUCUCUUUCCUGCACGGACCCUGUGUCUCCCUAACUAUUCUGUGAGUUCUGAGAGGGCAGGGGUCCAACAGCAGCCUGCCCUAUGGACUCAGUUGCAGAGCUGACAACUGACGCAUACCAGUGGGGAUGGGCUGAACCAGGUUGCCAGGGUUCUGUUCUCUGGACCACUCACAACUGGCAGGGCCACCUCUGACUUUCCACCAGCUCUAGUUCUUAGCAGCUUCGUCUGGGCCUCUUGGGAUCUCCUCAACAGCAAUAAUGCCCUGAGCUUGUGCAGGACAGGGUGCAGAGGUGUCAUUUUGUUUUGCAAUUCUGAUCUAUUGGCAUGGCUUCCUGGAAGACAUGUUGAGAGGGAUUCUGAAGUAUCAGUAGAGCUUAAUGACAAAGUGCCGACAUGGGCUAGCAAUGUGUGCCUAGGGCACAGAAUAGGGAAGUGGUGGUAUGUGUGCCCUCUCUCUGCCUUUUCUGUUAUAAUACUCCGUGCUUGCCAAACCACUUUCACACGUGUUACUACUUCUUUGAUUCCCCCCCACCCAGAAAAGCCUGGGAGGCUUUAUUGCCCCGAUUUAAUGCAUAGGGGGAAACUCAGGUUCCAGAAAGUUUGUGUCUUGUCACAAGUCAAUGUGGAACUGGGACUACAGCCUGGUCUCCUACUUCCCACACUGUGCUCCUUCCUCUUCACUGAACGGAGUGGCAUCACAGGCCAGGACUUGGACUUGCUUCCAGUACAUACCAGGGCCCUGGGAGAUGAACCUUUGCGCACAAGCCCAUGGCUCCAUGCCUUCCACAUCCGUUCAUGCCACUGCCCUUUCUGCCUGGCAACCUUGAAGACACAGGAUUCCUGGUAGGCAUAGCGGCCCAUGCACCCCUCUUGCUUGCGGCAGGGGACGGGGAAGAGAGAAAUUCUCAGCUGACUACAGAGCCCCAGGGUUUCUUGGAGGAACUGAGCCAGUUGCAAGUGUGGCAUCUGAGAAGCUGCAGAACAUGCCUCCAGGAGCAGGGCUAAGGGAAGGGUCUGAAUUUAAUCUUGCUGGGCCAGAGAAGCUGGCGUCCUUGGUGUGCAGCACAGGGAUGGGGCUGGGCAGGGGUUUCCUGAGCUGGAGCCAGGGGAAGCAGGCUUCACAAACAGCAGCAGGUCCAAGUUUCAUCAACAGAAGAGCCCUCAGCCCUAAGGAUAUGAGGUGAACUGCCCAGAGCGGUGUCCCCAGCUCAUGGCUUUCACGGGGCGAUUGCUGGCGACUCUUGAGCCAGAAGUGGGUGGUGGGAGAUUUUCUGUCCUUCUGCCUGGGCAGGUGACUUCUGAAGGUCCCCGCCAGCCUGAGAAGCUAGGGCUGGUUAUCUGGGAUUGUCUAACCUGCUGCUGUGAUUCGCAUGGCAGGGAGGCCCGGUCAGGCCCUCCCUCUCCCCAUCCCCCUGCCAAGGUGCCUCUGUGGCUGGGGCUCAGCUCCUGACCUCCCAGUUGCCUUCCGUCCUUCCUCCCUGGGCCUGGCCCUUCCUCUUGCAGGGGCCUCCCUGACGGCCACUUUAACCCCUCCCUCAAGCCUGGCCUCCUUGCCUGUGGCCUGGAGCGAGCCAGAGGGCUGAGGCUGUACAAUGAGUCCCCCUGGCUGGGUGGCACACUGUUGUGUGACAGGCCUGGGCUGGCCCGGAUGCCCCUUGCAGCACAGCUGUUCUGAACUCCGGGUGAUACGGGACUUAGAGCUGGGUGGGGACGGCCUCGGCUGUUUGCAGGAAUGCCCAGCUCUCAGGAAACUGGGGGAAGGGCAGCCCAGGGAGAAAACAAGAGAUGGGAGGGCUCAGAGAUAGGAUUGCUCUUGGUUUUGGGAGGCUCUUGGUAGCCAAAUCCCAUGUCCCCUGCUUAGAGAGCCUCAUCUUUUAAGACAUGGAUGCAAAUGAUGCCUUGUCCAGAAAACCUUUCCUGGCUCCUGGCUCUGAGCUCCCAUCACAUCAUAUAGUGUCAGCUCUCUGUUACCUGUCCCUUUCCCCCACAAGACUAUAGGCUCCUUCAGGGCAGAACUGUGCCCAACUCAUCUCUGACUGCCUAGCCUCCAGCACAGGUAUGACACGUAUUUGGUGUUGAAUGAAUAAAUGAAUGACUCUUACUUGCCCUUGUCCUACUGGAAGGUUGGUCCUGGGUCUGUGAGGGCGACCGUGAACAAGGUAGAUGACCGCAGGUGGAACAAGAGGACAGGGUAUGGGUCUGUCUGCUGGGCAUCUCUGGAUGGAUACAUGCUGGCCGGCACCCACCCUCUUCACCCCCAUUAGACCAUGGUGACCUUUCCUGGAACCUCAGGAUGACCAGUCUGAGGAUGUUCAGGGCUCUGGCUGGUCCAGGAGGGGUUGGAAUGAUCCUCCUUCCUCGAACACCCAUCCAGUGAAACCUGCCCUACAGUAGAGAAAGGCCCUCCCAUGGUCACCUCUGGCUUGGCCCUCACUUUUGUGCUUGGGGGCACUCAUGACCCUGGGGGUUCACUGUUUAGAGGUGACACUCUAGUCAGUGGAAGCAAAUCUUCAAAGGUCCAGUGCUCCUUGGAGGUAAAUGCCAAUCACGGCCAGGCAGUGGCUACAGGGCCCUAGCUCGCCAGCCUCUGCUCCACCCCCACCCUGGCUUAGCUGGGCCAGGAUGGAGAAGAGGGGGCGCUUGAGAAAGUAGUGGGACCAGCCCCUGGGGCAUGCCACAGGCAGAAUGUCAUGGGGGAGACACAUAGAGAGAGGGCCCUGCUCCCAGCUCUGAAUGCUGCCAUGGGCCUGAACUCCCCGUGUCUCUCUGAAACCCCCUGAUCAUUGCUUACACCUUUGUUCAGGCUGAUCCCCAGGUCCAGAAUAUGCUUUCCUCCUUUGCUGUGCUAACUAUGACUGACUGACAGGACUGCCCAGGUGUUGCCUCCUCCAGGAAGCCUUCCUCAAGCUCUUCUCAGUGCCCCAUCUGCCCCGUGGCCCCCCGCACAUGGAUGUCCUCAUUGCCUCCCUUACUCAGCUGCAUUUCGUUGUGGCAGGGACCACAUUGCCUUCAUCUCUGUAUGUCUGGUGCCUGGCACACAGUGGGCAUUCACAGGACACUGGCUGAAUGAAUGAACAGACGGAUGAACAAAUAUGGUCUAGUGUCGGUUCUCACUGUGCUCCUGUGGUCAUGGCAGCUCUUCACUGUGGUGCCUCCUACCAAAAUCAAAUAAAGGAAACCUUUUCCUAAACUGAA